AUUAAAUUUCCGUGCGCUGAAAUUUGAAAACCCCGUUCGAUAGCGUGCCUUUUCCGACGCUUUUUGGCCUGCAUUUUACACAGAGAAAGAUUCCAUCCAAAUUUAUUCGAAUUUCGCUUUAACUUGUUCAAAAAUGACUGAAAAUGGUGUUAAAACAGAAAUGGACCAGGAAGAAGAGGACAACUUGUUACACUCUGAUGAAUACAAAUUCUUGGUAGAAUAUGGCAUUUCAAAAAAAGUGGCUGCUGAACUUGAAAAAAUUUACACUACAGGAAAACUCUCACAUUCAGAACUUGAUGAAAGAGCCUUGGAUGCUCUUAAAGAAUUUAAUCCAGACGAUGCCGUAAAAGUAUUACAACAGUUUACAGAAAGCAGCCUUGAACAUGUGACAAACAAAAGUGCUUUCCUCUGUGGUCAGAUGAAAACAUUCAGACAAAAGAGUAAAGGUGGGGGACCAAAUGCAGCUCCUAAAGGUCCUGACCCAGAUAAAAUUAAAGAAAUCCUUGACAGAUCUGGCUACACACUGGAUGUAACUACAGGUCAGAGAAAGUAUGGUGGACCUCCGCCAGGUUGGGAGGGCAACCAGCCUGGCCCAGGGCAUGAGGUUUUUAUUGGCAAAAUUCCCAAAGAUGUGUUUGAGGAUGAGAUUAUACCACUUGUAGAAGAAUGUGGGAAAGUAUGGGACCUUCGGCUCAUGAUGGACCCCAUGACUGGUUUCAGCAGGGGCUAUGCUUUCUGUACAUUUGUGGAUAAAAAAAGUGCAAAGGCUGCAGUUGAAAAGUUGGAGGGUUACGAAAUUAAGAAGGGUAAAACUCUAAAGGCAAAUAUCUCGAUAGCCAACCAGAGAUUAUUUGUUGGCAACAUUCCAAAGAGCAAGACACAGGAAGAAAUCAAAGAAGAAUUCUCGAAAAGAACAGAGGGUUUAAUUGAUGUGAUCAUCUAUAGAUCUGUGGAGAAAGAUAACCAGAAAAACAGAGGUUUUGCUUUCUUGGACUAUGAUUCACACAAGAGCGCUUCAACAGCCAAAAGGAAGUUAAUGUCUGGUAGAGUGAAAGUAUGGAACUGUGAUAUAAUUGUAGACUGGGCAGAUCCAGUAGAGGAGCCGGAUGAUGAAACUAUGGCUAAGGUUAAAGUACUUUAUGUGAAAAACCUCACAGCUGAUGUUACAGAGGAGACGUUGAAAGAGACAUUUGAGAAACAUGGAGCAGUUGAACGGGUUAAAAAGAUCAAGGACUAUGGCUUUGUCCACUUCGAAGAACGAGAUGGUGCAACAGCAGCUAUGGAAGCUCUCAAUGGAACGACACUAGGAAAGCUGGCUAUUGAAGUUUCUCUUGCAAAACCAGCAGCAGAAAAUAAGAAGAAGCAGCAAAGACAGGCGAGCCGUGAGAUGAGGAUGAUGGGAGGAAUGAGAGGACCUGGAUUUGAUGAUUUCUAUGGGCCACCAGGAGGGAUGAUGCCACGACCUCCACCACUGAUGCGCGGGAUGGGACGUCGUAUGCCACCACCAGAUUAUUUCUAUGAUGACUACUAUGGAUACUACGAUGAUGGAUUUGAUUACUAUGGCGGUUAUGCUCCACCACCAGUUCGUGGACGUGGCGGUCGUGGUGGACCUAUGCCACCAAAACUGAGGAAGGAUACUGCAUCGCACAGGCAUUCUACCAUCUCUUGCCAUCUAAAAAUGCGAGAAAUUCCUAAAAUCUAUUUUAAAAACAAGUUAAUAAAUUUUGACUUAAGAAAACAAAAAAUGAAAAUAGUUAUCGAAAAGUUGUCUAAAACUUCAAAAUAGAGAAAAAAUGUUUUUCUUUUUAUAAAGUUAUCUUGUAUUUUUGAAUAUACUUUUCUAGCCGAGUAUGUUAUAAUCCUGCGAGUCUUUGCUCGAAUUGAGCAAAACAUGUUUAAACUUUGGAUACAUGUUAUUUUUAGAGGACAUCCAAUUUUAUGGAUGUCCAUUGUGUUCUUAUUUCUUCAUUAAAAUAAUACUGUAAUGUGGCAUGUGGUAAGGGGUUACUACCGAGGUAACCAGCACUGACGAUCGGCAGGAUACCAGACGCUGAUCAGUUAUAAGGUAAACUUGGUGCUUUGCACUAGUGGGUCAUAAAUGGAUGUUUACACUGGGCUUGUUUGAAGCUUUUCACACGAUUAAGUCAUUUGAUCUAGUGGUGUACUAGGAGGAUAAAAGUAUCUCAAAAUAGGAAGUUAACUCGAUUAGAACUGUGCAGGACUGUUCUAAGAUUUAUCUUUAAAUUACUCAUAAAUGGAUUGCUGAUGGAACAAGUACAUUGCAUACAAGGUCUUCCAUCCCAUAAAUGUUUCAUUAAUAAUGGAGUAAAAAGUAAAGUACUUUAGCAAGUGCAUUAUAUAAAGAAAUUUCAAUUUCAAAAAUAAAACUACUGUUUCACCUGCCUAACUGGUCAAGGUUUAAAAUGGACCGAAUAUUGGCUUCUGUUAUUGGAUAUAUAUACUUAACAGCAUUUCUAAUUCCACACUUGGUUUUUGUGGAUAUCUCUUGUCAAAUACAGUCCCACUUUCUUGAGAGACCAUGCAUUAGACAGCUUUUUCAGUUGUGUUUCAGAACGUACGUUGUGCUAAGGGAUUGGUUGUGUUGAAUGACAACUUUCUGCCUUUUGCCUAAACAGUCUCUUAAUGAAAGUUUUAUUGUACUGACGUAUUUCUAUGAAAAUUGGUCAUGUGAACAAACAUUUUGUCAUAGAUUUGCUCAAGUGAUAUAUGAUUUUGGGUUUUACUGUGUUGUGGUUGAAAGAAUUUAUGUCCAAUUGUUAUUGCGUUUUACAAUGUUCAUUUAACAUUGUCUCUAAUUUGACAAGAGGUAACAAUUGAAAGAAACAGUGGAAUUAGGAAAAUUGUUGGGUGUACGAGUUUAGUGAGAAUGUGCCUUUGAAGUACCUUGCUGAAAGUAUGUAGCUGUGCAUUAAAUUGCCUUGCACUUUAAAUGUUCUGGAAUAGAAAAGUGAUUGAGGGAUUUGUGUUAGUCACAAAGGGAUUAUAAAACUAACCUUCCAAAUAUUGAAAUACUUUCAAUUUUCUGUUGUCUGUAGAAAAGUAACUAGUUCAGUGUAACAAAAAAAGUUGCACUUUUGAUGUUGAAAUUUCAAACAGUUGCAUAUUUUGAAACUGAAAAGCUUCAUUGAAGUCCUGUGCUUGGGUUAUUUUAGUUGCUUAGAAAGUAACAGCCAUGCAUUGAAGAUACUGGAGCAGAAAUUUGCAGCGCGAAGCAGAAAUUGUGCCUUUUUAUAGUUUUGGAGAAGAAAACCAAAAAAAUUGGUGUAAAAAGAAAAGUUAAAAAGUUUGGAAGUAAAAUUAUUGAGAAAGAAGUGCUUUUUAUUCUGAGAAACUAGACAGAACUGGUUUAUUAUUACCAGAAGAAAUUGGAAGAAAUCAUCAGUGAAUUAUUUGGAUCAGUGGAAUUUUGGAGUUUAACACAGACCAAGAUAAAUGUGGAUUUAUAUUUUGGAAUUAUUUACAGAGAAUUUUACAAAAUGGGGAAAUGUGUACGGGAGUUUAGGUUUGAUCUUUUUUAAAUUUCUCUGUAACAAAAACUUUUCCAAAUUUGAAGGUAAGGUAUUGCCUACAUGUAACUUAGAACAGCACUGUUAAAAAACAAGAGAAGAUAAUUAAGUGAACUGUUUUACUUCAUAAAUUUGUAAUGUAAAUCAAUAUAAAAAGUUCAUUUACUUCUGUUAUUUUUCAAAAUAAAAGUAUAAAACAUAGUAUUUCUGAGAUGAUUUUCAGUUUAGUUGAUGUACAUUUUGAUUAAAUCUUUCAUUGAAAUUAUUUCAGGUAUGGCUAGUUCAAGUCUCAGCAGAGGUGUUUUGAGAGGAGAGCAACCAGUGUUUAUAGACAUUUAUCAUAACUGCACUUGCUUUCUGUGAAAGACUGACAUUUUAUUUCUUUGAAACACCUUCACAGAAAAGAAAAGCCACAAAAUGUAUACAAAGUAAUUUUUCAUGACCAAAAAUCUGGUUUAAAAUACAAAUAUAUAUUUAGUGUUUCAUUUAAUAGGACAGAAAUUUGUAUGAAAUGAUCAAAUAGAAAUAAAAUUUCAAGUGCA